AUGUUCGAGCAAUUCCAACCACGCCAUAUCCCCGUGCUCUUUUCAGCAACCGUGAUGACCUUCGGUGGGAUGUGGUCUUACUUCGAUGCGCGAGCUGCUAUGCUCGAGUUUGGCCUCCCGGACCGCAUCGCUAGCACGCCCGCUGCGUCGGCAGUCAUGCACAUCAACAACGCCCGCACGACUGUCCUCGGCAUGUGCAUGUAUACCCUCUACUUUCGCCGUGAAUUCACCGCCUGCGAUACCAUCCUCGCCAUCUUGGGCGCCUACGCAGGCCUGGUCGACAGUUAUGUGGUGUGGAGGGAGGGAAAUCCACGCAAGGCAGCCUUCCGCCUCGCGAGCUCAUGGCUGCUGUCCGCUGUGGGGUUCGCUGGGUGGACUGCGGGUAGCUAA